AUACCUCACUUAUAUGUUCCUAUAAUUGGUAUUACAGUAACGAAAAAACAAUCCAAGAAUACAACUACCAGCUUCGCAGAAACUAUGAAUAAGUUAUUAACAGUUUCUGCACAGCCACAUUGUCAAGAAUCUCCAAUUUUAUCACGAUCGAAAAAUAUAGAACGUCGAAUAAAUGAGGCUAAACUUGAAUAUAGAGCACGUAGAGCUAUAAAUAUGGAAAAGAAGAAGCUAGCAUCCAAAGAUCGUGUAAAAACUAAUCUCACUUCUAUUGAUUACGAAAGGAAACUGAGGAAACUGGCCACUAGUGGAGUUGUACAACUUUUUAACGCGAUCCGUAAAUCUCAAAAGGUUACUGAUGACGCAGUAAAAGCUGCUGGUGGUGAGGCAAAAUUAACUUCGAGAGAUGCAAAAGAUGCCACAUCAAUUUGGUGUAACAAGGUUGGCAAAAAAAAAUUUACGAGUUUUAUUAAGAGCUCUCUAGAAACAAGUUUUUCUCGCAAGAAUUUCUUUCUACAAAAUUUUCUCAUAUUACAAAUGUCUGUUCCAACUGUCCCUUGCCAGUAUAGAACUGGUAAAACGUUAGGUCAAGGAACCUAUGCUACGAUUCAAACAGGACAAUAUUUUGCCGUAAAGGUCAUCAAUAAAAAGUUGAUGGAAGGUAGAGAACAUAUGGUCCGGAAUGAAAUCGCUGUUCUAAAGAGAAUUUCACAAGGGCACAGAAACAUUUUAACAUUGCAAGAUUACUUUGAGACCCUAAAUAACCUGUAUUUAGUAACGGACUUGGCCCUUGGUGGCGAGCUCUUUGAUCGUAUUUGUGCGAAGGGUAGUUAUUUUGAACGUGAUGCGGCUCAUCUUGUUAGAAGUAUAACAGAAGCUGUUGCGUACUUGCAUGACAACGGAAUUGUGCACAGAGAUCUUAAGCCAGAAAAUCUUCUUUUUAGAACCAAAGCCGAGGAUUCCGAUCUUCUUAUUGCCGAUUUUGGUCUUUCUCGGAUCAUUGAUUCUGAAAAAUUCCAUGUUCUUACCACUACAUGUGGUACACCUGGUUAUAUGGCACCCGAAAUUUUCAAAAGAAUUGGUCAUGGUAAGCCAGUAGAUUUAUGGGCUAUAGGAGUAAUUACAUACUUUUUAUUAUGUGGAUGUACGCCAUUUGAUAGGGAAAGUAGCGUUGAAGAAGUGGAUGCUAUUAUUCGAGCUGAUUAUACAUACGAAAAGGAAUACUGGGAUGGAAUUAGUGAUACUGCUAAAGAUUUUAUCAAUAAAUUAUUAACUGUUGAUCCUGACAGUCGUCUUACCGCCCAUCAAGCCUUGUCUCAUCCAUGGCUUUCUGAACCUUUACCUAGCCCAACUGGUGGAUUCCAAAAUAGGGAUUUGUUGAAUAGUGUUCGCGAAAAUUUCAAUGCUCGUCGAACAUUCAAAAAGGCUGUUGAUGCAGUUAAAGCUAUUAAUACCUUCAAAAGUCAUUCAAGAAGUGCUAGUCUUGCCAACUUAAUAGAAACAUCAAGAGCUGAAGCGGAUGAAGAUGUCCAACAG